AUGCUGCGCUUCCUGGUGCCCUGGCUGUUUGCCCUGCACCACUCUGCCACCUGGUACUUCUCAGCAGCAGCUCCCAGCCCCAUCCCAAACCCAGACAUCCACUACAACCAGCUGCUCAUCAGCAAUGCAGUCAAUCCUGCCACGGGAGAGGUCAUCGGCCACGUGGCUGAAGGGGACUGGGCUGACGUGGAUCUGGCAGUGAAGGCAGCCCGUGCAGCCUUCUAACUGGGGUCUCCAUGGCGCCAGAUGGAUGCCUCAGAGCGAGGCCAGCUGCUGAACCACCUGGCUGACCUAGUGGAAAGGGAUUGCGUCUACUUAGCCUCACUGGAGACGCUGGACAAUGGGAAGCCUUUCCAAGAGUCUCAUGUCUUGGAGCUGGGUGCGGUCAUCAAGGGGUACCGGUAUGUUGCUGGCUGGGCGGACAAGUGGCACAGCAAGACCGUCCCCAUGGAUGGUGAGCAUUUCUGCUUCACCCGGCACGCUGUUGGAGUGUGUGGCCAGAUAAUCCCAUGGAACUUCCCCUUGGUCAUGCAGACCUAGCUCACCCCGGCACUUGCCACGGGCAACGCUGUGGUCAUGAAGGUGGCAGAGCAGACACCCCUUUCUGCCCUGUACUUGGCCUCCCUCAGCAAGGAGGCGGGCUUUACCCCCGGGGUGGUGAACAUCAUCACAGGCUAUGGCCCAACAGCAGGAGCAGCCAUUGCCCAUCACAAGGCUAUCAUCAAACUUGCCUUCACCGGCUCCACCGAGAUGGGCCACCUGAUCCAGAAGGUGGCCGGCAAUUUCAGCCUCAAGAGAGUAACACUGGAGCUGGGCAGGAAGAGCCCGAGCAUCGUUUUGGUUGAUGCCGACAUGGACCAUGCCGUGGAGCAGUGCCACGAGGCCCUAUUCUUCAACAUGGGCCAGCGCUGCUGUGCGGGUUCCCAGACCUUCAUUGAAGAAUCCAUCUAUGAUGAGUUUCUGGAGAGAACCAUGGAGAAAGCUAGGCAGAGGAGAGUCGGAAACCCAUUUGAGCUGGACACCCAGGUGGGCAGGGAACAGUUUGAAUGAAUCCUGGGCUAUAUCUAUCUUGGCCAGAAGGAGGCAAAACUUCUCUGUGGUGGGGAGCGUUUUGGAGAACAAGGUUUCUUCAUCAAGCCCACCGUCUUUGGUGGUGUGCAAGAUGACAUGAGGAUCGCUAGGAAGAAGAUCUUUGGGCCCAUGCAGCCACUGUUUAAGUUCAAGAAGAUCGAGGCGGUGAUUGAGAGGGCCAGCAACACCAGGUAUGGCUUGGCUGCUGCUGUGUUCACCCAGGAUCUGGACAAAGCCAUGUAUUUCACGCAGGCACUCCAAACUGGAACAGUGUGGGUAAACAUUGUCACCUGCCACACGCCAUUCGGAGGGUUUAAGGAAUCUGGCAAUGGGAGGGAGCUGGGGGAAGAUGGGCUUAAGGCCUACACAGAGGUCUGA